AUGUCGGUAGCACCCGCUCCGUGGCUAAUGGACAGAUCCAGAGAAGCGCUGAGAGCCAAAAGGAAAGUAGGAACGGAGAUCUAUCUAUCUAUCUAUCUAUCUAUCUAUCUAUCUAUCUAUCUAUCUAAUACUAAAUUAAGUAUCAAUAUAUUCACGAUCUAUCUAUCUAUCUAUCUAUCUAUCUAUCUAUCUAUCUAUCUAGCUCUGUCUGUUUUUCUGUCUAUAUCUGUCUGUCUGUCUUCCUUUCUAUCUAUCUAUCUAUCGAAAUAUAUUCACGAUCUAUCUAUCUAUCUAUCUAUCUAUCUAUCUAUCUAUCUAUCUAUCUAUCUAUCUGUGUGUAUGUCUAUCUAUAGCUGUCUGUUUUUCUGUCUAUAUCUGUCUGUCUGUCUUCCUUCCUAUCUAUCUAUCUAUCUAUCUAUAUAUCUAUCUCAAUAUAUUCACGAUCUAUCUAUCUAUCUAUCUAUCUAUCUAUCUAUCUAUCUAUGUGUAUGUCUAUCUAUAGCUGUCUGUCUUUCUAUCUAUAGCUGUCUGUUUUUCUGUCUAUAUCUGUCUGUCUGUUUUCCUUUCUAUCUAUCUAUCUAUCUAUCUAUCUAUCUAUCUAUCUAUCUAUCUAAAUAUAUUCACGAUCUAUCUAUCUAUCUAUCUAUCUAUCUGUGUGUAUGUCUAUCUAUAGCUGUCUGUUUUUCUGUCUAUAUCUGUCUGUCUGUCUUCCUUCCUUUCUAUCUAUCUAUCUAUCUAUCUAUCUAUCUAUCUAUCUAUCUAUCUAUCUCAAUAUAUUCACGAUCUAUCUAUCUAUCUAUCUAUCUAUCUAUCUCAAUAUAUUCACGAUCUAUCUAUCUAUCUAUCUAUCUAUCUAUCUAUCUAUCUAUCUAUCUAUCUCAAUAUAUUCACGAUCUAUCUAUCUAUCUAUCUAUCUAUCUAUCUAUCUAUCUAUCUAUCUAUCUAUCUAUCUAUCUCAAUAUAUUCACGAUCUAUCUAUCUAUCUAUCUAUCUAUCUAUCUAUCUAUCUAUCUAUCUAUCUGUGUGUAUGUCUAUCUAUACCUGUCUGUCUUUCUAUCUAUAGCUGUCUGUUUUUCUGUCUAUAUCUGUCUGUCUGUCUUCCUUUCUAUCUAUCUAUCUAUCUAUCUAUCUAUCUAUCUAUCUAUCUAUCUAUCUAUCUAUAUCUGUCUGUUUUUCUGUCUAUAUCUGUCUGUCUUCCUUUCUAUCUAUCUAUCUAUCUAUCUAUCUAUCUAUCUAUAUGUGUGUAUGUCUAUCUAUAGCUGUCUGUUUGUCUUUCUAUCUAUAGCUGUCUGUUUUUCUGUCUAUAUCUGUCUGUCUGUCUGUCUUCCUUUCUAUCUAUCUAUCUAUCUAUCUAGAUCUGUCUGUUUUUCUGUCUAUAUCUGUCUGUUUUCCUUUCUUUCUAUCUAUCUAUCUAUCUAUCUAUCUAUCUAUCUAUCUAUCCUAUAUAGUAAUGACCAAAUUCUUCAGGAUCACUUCCAAAAGAAAAUCCACGAGCAUCGAGACACAUUUGAUGGUAACAAUCCGAGGGAUUUUAUUGACAUGUAUCUUUUAAAAACACUAACAGAGAAAAGUGAAUCUUAUUCAGAGGCAAAUAUAUUUCGUACAAUUGUCGACUUAUUCUCAGCUGGCUCAGAAACUUCCGCCACGUACUUACUGUGGGCUUUUUUGUAUAUGGCAAAAUACACAGAUGUACAGCAACAAUGUCGGGAGGAGAUUAGAAAAGUCACUGAUUUUAGCCGAAUGGUGAAGAUGUCUGACCGUGAAGAUAUUAAUAUCCCCUACUCAUAUCUAUCUAUCUAUCUAUCUAUCUAUCUAUCUAUCUAUCUAUCUAUCUCAGUCUAUUCAUUAUCUAUCUAUCUAUCUAUCUAUCUAUCUAUCUAUCUAUCUAUCUAUCUAUCUAUCUAUCUCAGUCUACUCAUAAUCUAUCUAUCUAUCUAUCUAUCUAUCUAUCUAUCUAUCUAUCUAUCUAUCACAGUCUACUCACAUCCAUCUAUUUAUCUAUCUAUCUAUUAA